CCUCGAGUUCCAAUAACAAAACAAAAAAAAAAGCAACAAUUAAAAAUGGAAUGGCAUGAGGCUUGCGACUAUGAAAUCAUUUGUGAACAGUCAUACGAGGCCCAACCUAUUCAAUUACAGGGAUAUGAUGAAUUUCGCAUCAGAUUUAUGGAUGAACGCCAGGACAUACAAAAGAAGACCUUUACAAAAUGGAUUAACUCACAUUUGUUGAAAACCCAGUGCACACCAGUGAUCGACUUGUUUGAAGAUUUGCGCGAUGGUCAUCGAUUGUUGGCGUUGCUUAGUAUACUCACCCAAUCACAGUUGAAACCGGAAAGGGGUCGCAUGCGCGUACAUCACAUCAACAACAUCAACAAAGUUAUCCAAGUGAUACAAGAACAUGGCGUCAAAUUAGUGAAUAUAUCCAGUGAUGACAUAGUCGCUGGUAAUCCGAAAUUGACACUGGGCCUGAUCUGGCUCAUUGCGCUCGAGUUUAAUGGUCAAAAUCUAGUCAAGAGCCAGUCUAGCAAUGGUGUUGAGAAAUCCCUCCUUGCAUGGGCGUGCCAAUUCGUCGAACCGUAUGGCGUGCAGCUGCACGACUUCUCCACUAGUUGGGCGGAUGGACGUGCUUUUCUCAUCAUACUCAAUGCGCAUCUCGACGAUAUUGAUUUGAGUGCAGCGCUUACGAAACAUCCAUUGGCGCGACUAAAGACCGCCUUCGAUUUGGCGCAUAAGUACUUUAAGAUAGAGAAACUGCUCGAUCCUGAGGAUGUGCACACACACAAACCCGACAAUAAAUCCAUACAAAUGUAUGUGAUGUGCUUGUAUCACGCAAUGGAAUCGCGACGCAAUCGCGAACGCAGUGACAGCGCCGGCGAGGCAGUGCUGUUCGAUGAGAAGGCACAGGAAGCGUUGCCACCGCGCCCGCACACAAACAUCACAGACCUCGAUGAAGUGCCAUUGGAUAGCGCCGAAGAGGUAUACUCGGAUAUGAGCAGCAGACCGGUAAGCGGCUCGGAUGCGGUGAAGUCGCUUAAGUAUAGCACUGAUACAAUGCGCAGCAUCAUGGAUAUCGGCAUGGAUGAGAGCAAACCGUUGGAUUACUUACGCAUGACGCACGACAAAUCUCGACCCAUUAGCACAGCGACAAAUGCGUCGAUUGAGAUCACUAGCUAUCAGGCGGCGUUGGAGGCGGUGCUUACACUGCUGCUAGAAGAUGAACAAGUACUCUCACGCGAGCUGCUCGAACCAAUUGAUUUUCAGAGCGCCAAAUUACAGUUUCACGAGAAUGAAAAUUUCAUGCUGAAACUCACCGAACACCAACAGUAUGUGGGUGAAGCCCUUGAAGAAGGUUCGAAUUUGAUCAAUGAAUCUCAGAAGACCUCGGGACUUACCACGGAUGAUCAGAAUGAAAUACGCCAGCAAAUGGUGCUGCUGAAUGAACGUUGGGAGACCUUACGUCUGCAGGCGCUCGAUGUGCAGGCAAAGAUACUCGCUCGUCUGGCUGAAUUUCAGUCGCAGCAGAUCGAGAAACUGCGGCUCUUUCUCACCAAUGUCGAAGAUCGCAUAUCUCACAUGACGGACAUUGGUCCAAGCUUGCCUUCAGUGCAGCAACAGAUUGCCGAGGCGCGACAACUCAAAGAAGAUUUGUGCAAUCAGCAAACGCUGGUAGAUAGCCUUAGCAAUAUGGUGGUGAUAGUGAAUGAUGAAUCUGGCAAUUUCAACGAUCUGGAAGAUAAGUUGUCUGCACUUGGUGAACGCUGGUCGCAUGUCUCCAAGUGGGGCGACUUGCGCAUGGAGAAGCUACAACAAUACAAAUGCAUCUAUCGCUGGCUAGACACGCGCGAACAAGAUCUGAAGGCGAUGGAGAGCAAAGAUGUUACCGAUCUGGGCGGCAUUACGAAGCGCAUGAAUGACCUGAACUAUUGCGCUAAAGACCUUCUUGAAUUGGAGCGCUACCUCAUUGAUUUGAGACAGAUGGUGGCAGCUUCACUGCAGGAGGGCGAUGAUCAGGGUGAACGUGUAUUGAUGCAGUUGGAAAGUUUUGAAGAUCGUUUGGAUGCAUUAAAACAGAUCGUUGAAGUACAAACUGACCGCAUCGAAGCGAAAGGCUUCAAGUUCGGACGCGAUCGUGCAUCCUACGAUGAUAGUCGCGUGGUGCGACCUGACGGUUGGGUGGAUUUCCAACUGCUCAUCAAAUUUGGUGAAGAAAGUGAAGAGUUGAAUGAGGAAGAUAUUACAGAAGUGCAAGAGUCACAAGACACCACAUACCAAGAAGCAUCACCAGAGGGUAAUAAAAAACGCAAGUUGCGUAGCUCAGAUAAUUUUUAUUUGCUCACCGGCCGCAUAAUGGAGGCAAUCAACUUUCUUGAUGACUGUGAAGACCGUUUGCAUAAUAUACAUCGCCAGAGUUUACGGAACCAAAGCGAAAUUUUGAUCGCGCUCGAGAAAGAAGUUGCAAAACAUGCACCAUUAACCAGCGAGCUGAAGCAACUCUAUGAAGAGUGUGAACAGGAAAAUAUGAAACGCAAUUUAAUUAUGGAGGCCACGCAGAUUAAGCAGAUUGAUGAACGUUUUACCAAGCUCAUUAAGCGUAUAGUCGAACAGAAAUCUGAAACAUCACAAAUAAUAGCCAAGGAAAAGUUCUAUAACAGCUUGACAGGUUUCAAGCUGGUGUUGGCCGAUUCGCGCGACUGGUAUAAGCAGCACUCACAGUCGGCAAGUAAAGCCGAUUUGGAACAACGCUUGAGCCACAUGGAUUCGCUGUCUGGCGAGAUCGCCGAUGCAAAAGAGAUCACGGCAACGCUCAGUGAUGAGCUGCAUGAAUGGAAGCAGGACUUCAACAUUUUCUAUGAAAGUUGGAAUGAUAUGAAGCGCGCAAUAAUCACACUCAUACAAGACAAGGGUGGACUAGAUGAAGUCACUCAGCGUCAGCAAUGUUUAGAAGACUUUAUGGUGAAAGUAGCCAGCGUCAAAGUGGUCGUCACAGAUCUUGCGCACAUGCAGCAACAGCAAAAGCAACUGAAUGAGCUCGUCGAGGAGCUAGAACAGUUGAGAGCGGACUAUGAGUAUGUCUGCGAACGACGGCCCGAUACUGCAGCCACUGAGUUUGUAGAGAAUUGGGCGAAAAUACCAGAGCAACUGAGUGAGCGAGUUAUCAAACAGACGACGGCGAUUGAAAAUCUCAAUCACUUCAAUGCCGAGUAUAAUGCCAUACUGAAUGUGUUGCGUAAGCUGGAGGCGAAAUUCAUGCGUGACGAUGCCGACAACACAGAUCAGUCUUUACUUAACUGCCAGCCAGCGGUUGGUGACAGUAAUCGGCUGAAUAUGGAGCUGCGCAAGAUCGAAAUUGACGUGAUUAGUGCUCGAAACUUUAGCGAAAUACUCAUCAAGGAUGCGGAGCCGGCACAUCGUGACCACCUGCUCGCACAAAUUAAGGAACUGAAUGAGUUCUUUACAAAGGUGCAGGAGUUGCACAAAGGGCAGGCAUUGAAACGUACGCAAGUGCUCGACAAAGCUGAAGAAGUCUUCAAGAGACUGGCAAAAACAGAAAUAUGGUUAAAUGAGCUUGAGAAAAAUACGCCGAAGACAAAUAUCUCUGAGAUCAACAACUCCAAUGAGCUGUUUCAAAUAAAGAGUAGAUUUCAAACACUCAAGGAAACCUGUGAACGCGAAUCUGUGGGCUUUCGCGAGCUAAAUGAAGUUGGUGGCGAGCUGCUACUACAAAUGGAUGAACUCAAAACAACGGGCGAGGAAGUGGACAGCAAAUAUGCGCAGCUGCCGAAGAAGUUUACGCGCUUGAGCGCACGUUGGACCGAGGUCACUUCGCUGGUGUACGCAAAGACAGCAUUGUUGGAGCACAUUUCUACACAGCUGGGUGAAUUCAAGAAAUUUAUGGUCUCCGAGUCUGGAUACCUGGAUCGAUUGGAGAAUAAAAUAGGCAGCACGCCGGAGAACGCGGAUGCAGAGGAGAUCAUUGAAGAGUUGGAUGAUCUCGAGAACGUACUGCGUGCACAUUCUGAAGAGUGGUUGGAGAAAAUUCAAGAAAUUGGCAAUGAGCUAAUUGAAGAUGAAUUUAUGGCGAAUUCGAUACGCGCCGAAAUCGAUGGUAUUGUCGAGCGUUGGAUGCAACUACAGCAGCGCGCUAAGCAACGCACUGAAAUACUGGAGAAAGAGGUAAGCGAGGCUGAGCAAUCCGAGAAGUGCAUUGUGCAAUUUGAGGCGUGGCUAACGCGCGUCGAUGAGAUACUCACAGAACAUCUGGAGAAUGAUGUGACCAUUGAGGAUCUGCCGGAUGAUUUCCAACGCUUGGUUAAAGAGUUCGAAUCGAAAAAGCAGUGCUUCCAAGAAAUUGAUGAACUUAUUUCUGAACACACACGUAAUGGCAAGAUUGAAGCCGCCAACCGGCUACAAGAGAAGCUAAAUUUAAUGGAGUUGCGUUUCAAGUCGUGUCAACUAAAGCUAAAUAAGUGCACAGCGCCCCAACCGGCAUACGAGUCACGCUUGAAUCGAGCAGUGGCUGAGCUGCGUGCGGUCGAACAUUCCACAUUGGUACUAGAUGUGGCCUCGGCGGGACCUAGUACUGUGCAGGCGCAGUAUCAGAAAUGUGUGCAAAUCUACCGCACACUUUCUGAGAUCAAGCCGGAGAUCGAGAGCACCAUCAAAACUGGCCGCAAAGUGUGUGAGGACAAAUUCACGCGUUCGCCUAAACAACUCAGUCAACGCAUCGACGCACUAAAACAUCUCUACAAUGCGCUCGGCGAGAAUGUUACGCAAUCUAAAGUGUUUCUGGAAACGUUGCUGAAAUUAGCACACCAACUGGACGAAUACUUCGAUCUGGCCGAUCAGCUGAUAAGGCGUUUCGAAUCACUGCAAGAGAUGCAAGAUCGCAAUUCGGGUUUCUUGGAAUACGAAGAUCUACUACAGCGUUGUGAAGAAUUGUAUGAGGAAUACAGCAAAUCCUGUGAUCAAUCGUGCAUGGAGGAUACACGUCAAAAGAUUGAUGAACUGAAAACGAUCUACAUGAAAUUAACUAGCGCAGAUGUGAUCAAACGUUUAACCGAAAUGAAGUCCACAUUACAGAAUUUGGACAACAUAUCACCAGAGACGUUGAAAGCGAUGGAGCAUGAGUUGAAACAGAUAAAUACGCCAUCGAAUCCGGAUAUAGAGAAGCUGCAACAGCAAGUAAUCGCAAUUGUAGUGGACGCUUUAAAAACGCGUUGCAAUGAAAAUUCUGAGUUGGCAACACAGCUACCGAAGCCACCAACAUCUACUUCUCCUGCGUGCAAUGCUGUUGAAAACGCCAAUUCCGAUGUAGAAAUUGUUGUUGUAAGUGAUACUGUACGUCAACGGCGCGCACGCACACCCAGCGCAAAUGAUUCACCGAACGCUGGCGAUACACCGACAAAGUCUGAUAAAACUCAGACCGCUCAAUCACAAGCACAGCAGUUGCCCCAAACAUGUGAAUCACAAUCGCCCACAGGCGAGCAGGCGAUUGUCACACAAGUGUUGCCCGAUGUCUUGCCACCACAAACAUUUCGCUUAGCUGAGUUCAGCACUCUAUUCUCACACAUAUCCACAUCUACGCCCAUUGAAAUUUCAGACACCGUACCCGCGAAGCCACCGAAGCGUAAAAGUCGCAAGGGCGAACAGCACGCCAAAGUGGUAGAGAUACGUGAACGUAAUUUGCCACAUGACAAAAUGUCUGUGCAAAAUAUCGAAUUUGAGCCGCAAGUUGGCGAGAUUGUCGACACUGUAAAUAUUUUGGAGAGUGUGGAACCAUUCGUGCCGGAAUACGUGGAGACGGUUCAAAUUGUUGAUCUAUCUGAAGACUCGGAUUCAUCGAUGCGCUUUGAUGCCGAUGGCAAAGAGAUUCAGCGCAGCAAAAGCAAACGCUCGCUCUGUGAAUCACCUAAGCCGCAGGCACCACUCUCACCCCUGCCAGACGAUGUGGAGAUGCGUGCCGCUCAGCCAAUUAACACAAGCACCCCUUUCUUGCGUGUGGAAAAGCAACGUAUCUCAUUUGAUGAGAAACGUAAACGCAUCGAGAGUGAGCGUGACAUAUUAAGAGAUUCAGAAGAGGAUGAAGAGGAGCGUCCUACGAAAAAUGUCGAAAUUUCUAAUGGGAAAGAAUCUACGCCAAAACAGCCGAAACGGUGGCGUCAACUGACACUCACGUUGGACGAAGAACAGUCGCCUAAAAAGGCCAAGGCUAGGGAUGGUUCGGAGCAGCUUAAGCAGUUUGAAGGGCAGUGUUCAGUGGAGUCGCCAGUUCGCGACAGCUUUUAUGGUGCAGAUAAAGAGGCAAGUUACGACUUGGAACCAUUGGUUUUUUCUGACGAUGAAGAUAUACCGAGAUUCUCACUAGAAAUGACACCAACAUUUGAUUCCGAUAGUGAUACGAGCCGCAUUGAGACGCCCGGCGCUAAGAAACCAAAUUUAUUAGAUAACAAAAUUUUACCUUCUUCACCAUCUAUCGAUGAUUCGAAUAUUACUUUAAAAAGUCCCUAUUCUGAGAACUCGUUGAGUUUCAGAGAUAAUGCGCCGUUGGAUCAACGCGUUCAAAGUUUCGAUAAAAUGGCUAAGUACAUGAUACGCAAGAUGGAGGCGACCAAAGAGAAAAUUGAAAAGUCUGAUGAGGGCGAAGCCGCCAUUGAGGACCUGAAGCUGUUGAUUGCACCAGACGCUGCCACGUUGAUUUCACAAGGAGACUCUUUAGUGUUAGAGACACACGGCAAACAGGGAAAUCUUUCCCGUUUGGUUAUGAAAACCCAGAUAAUACUCCGUGAAAAAUUCCGUGAAGUACAGCAGGCCAAAUCGAAAGUGCCUGGCGUCCCACAACUCACGGAUGACAACAAAACACCCUGUCCACAUUCCACUCUCGAAAAGCUGAAUAUCAAUUUGGAAGAGCUCAUCACAAAGGGUCUCAAGCGAAUAAACGAUCUAAUUGAGAAGCCGUACGAAAAGAAAUCUAUUGAGACAAUAGAGCGCCGCCUGGAGGAAAUUAGCGAUCGGCGGGACGAUUUGAAGUUGAUUGUAAAUAAAAUUGGCAAAAGUGAAGAGAAACCAAAGGUUACCGCUACCAUGAUGAGUGAAAUUGAAAAGUCCAAAAACAAUCUGCAAUCACAUGCCGAUGCUGUGGAGCUCUCGCUGACCGAAUUGAAACAGAUGAAUAAACUGUCAGCACGAAAUGGCGAUGAUGAUAAAGAUUAUAACAACGAACCAAGCGGCAACGGCGCACUGGCCGGUAGUUUUGAUAAAUCUGUACUUCAAAUAUCAGAUUGGCUGACGUGGGAGCAAAAUAUGAUAAAAAUACAAAGUGUGGUCGUCGACGAUGUGGAUGCGGUGCGCAUGGCCAUCGAGAAGCAAGAGAAAGUUUUACGUGAAUUGAAAAUGAAAAAGCCACAACUCAAUGAAUUGGUUCACACAGCGGAGGUACUUAAGGGCGAUGUUAAGCGGCAACAGUUGCAGGAAAAAGCCUUAAAGCAAUUUUCCCUAGCGCCUCAUUGCGCUGCCGAUUUGGAUUACAUGCGUUGUUGUUUGAAAGUUACCCGUUUACGCGAACACUGGGAUGAGACUUCACAGUGUGUGCUGCAACGCGCUGCCCAAUUGAAAAAUAUGCUCAGCGACUCACAGCGUUAUGAAACUAAGCGUUUGGAGUUGGAAAAAUGGCUGGCACGCAUGGAGGCACGCGCUGAACGUAUGGGCAGCGUAGCCACUACCGCUGAUGUUCUGGAAGCGCAGCAGAAGGAGCAAAAGUCUUUCCACGCCGAGCUGCAUCAGAAUAAACAACAAUUUGAACUUUUUAAUGCCUUGACGCAAAAGUUGAUUGCCGUUUAUCCUUCGGAUGAUACUACGCGCAUCAAAAAGAUGACAGAGGCUAUCAAUCAAAGAUAUUCAAAUUUAAAUAAUGGCGUCAUCAAUCGUGGCAAGCAACUUCAUGCCGCCGUACACAGUCUUCAGUCGUUCGACCGCGCUAUGGAUCAAUUUCUCGCAUUUCUCUCCGAAUCAGAAUCACUUUGUGAGAGCGCCGAAGCUGAAAUCGAUCGCAAUCCACUCAUGUUCAAGAAGAAAAAAUUGUGUGCUACCUUCACUAUGUAA